AUGGCCUCAGGGACUGGAGGGAGCUGGGGUCGUCCCCCCGCACAGACUGUAGCCCCGACGCCCUGGGUGACCAUUCUGCAGCCCCUCCUGUGGGCCAUCCCACCUCCGUCCCCACAGCCGAGCCGCGUGAAGGAAGACCUGCUGGAACUGAUGAUGCUGCAGAACGCGCAGACGCACCAGCUGCUUCUGAGUGGCCAGGUGGCAGCGGCGCUCAACCAGGGGCCUGCCUGGUCCGGCCCGCAGGUCUACCUGGAGGGUCAACAGGAGGCGGCGGCGUAUGAAGAGGAGGAGGAGACGGAAGCCCAGGAGGAGGGGCCUUUGGUGUUCCACCACCACUACCUGCCCUGCCUGAUGCCUGCUCUGGGCCCCCUGCUCCCCUGGCCGGCCCCUCUCCUUUCCCCUCCCCUACCGCAGCCCCACUUGCAGCCCUUGGCCAGGGUUCAGCACCACCCUCCUACCUCUGGGAAAAGGGGGGCGAGAGCAGUGCCCCCGCCCCCACCCCCCAGCGCCGCAGGGACUGUGGGUGUGGAUGUACCCCCAGCUUCAGGUAGGGACCAGCCCCAAGUAGGCCCUCUCCCCGAGGUCAGUCAGUCCCCUCUCUACCCCACGGAGACCUUGAAGCAGUCUGAUCUCUGCUUCAGGGCCCAGAGUGAUGGGGGAGGCCUGGCUGAGGAGAUCCUGAAGCUGAGCCCUUGGGGCCCCCAUGCUUAG